CCUCUUCCUUGCCCUCUAGCUGCUGCCUGCCUGGGAGCUGCACCCACGUGGGGGGAAGCUGGGGCAGAGCUGCUGGCCUGGGCGCUGUGCUGGCAGCAUGGCCAGCAAGGUGUGCGAGGAGCUGGGGACCUUGAUGGCCGGCAUGGCAGCAGACAAGCUCUUCUCGCUGAGCGGGCUCUUUGCUGUGUAUAAGCCCAAGGGGCCUACCUCAGCUGAUCUGCUCAACCAGCUGAAGGCGAAGCUGCUGGCAGAAGCUGGUGUACAAGAGGUUGUAAGAAAAAGGAAGAAACCAAUCUUGAAGAUUGGACACGGUGGGACUCUGGAUAGUGCAGCUUCAGGAGUUCUGGUGGUUGGUAUCGGAAAAGGAACAAAACUGCUCGGAGGUCUAUUGGCAGGUUCCAAGAAGUACACAGUCAUUGGGGAGCUAGGAAAAGCUACCGACACAUUAGACGCCACAGGAAAAGUAACAGAAGAAAAGCCUUAUGAUCAAAUAACAAAAGGAGAUCUUGAAAAAGUGCUGCAGAAGUUCACAGGGGACAUAAUGCAAGUUCCUCCACUCUGGUCUGCUUUGAAGAAAGAUGGACAAAGGCUAUCGUUUCUCAUGAAGAAAGGAGUAGCAGUGGAAGCAAAGCCCGCUCGGCCAGUUAGAGUUUACAACCUUUCUCUCCAGAACUUCCAGCCGCCGCUGUUCACGCUGGAUGUUGAAUGUGGCGGUGGCUUUUAUGUCAGAAGCUUGGUCAGUGACAUUGGCAAAGAACUCUCUUCCUGUGCCAGUGUGCGAGAGCUGACCCGAACCAAGCAUGGGCCAUUUACCCUAGAGGAGCACACGCUUCAUGAAGACAAAUGGACAAUUGAUGAAAUUGCACGGUCCCUAGAGCAUUGCAUGUCUCUUCUCCCAGAAGAACCGUCACAUAAAAAAUUAAAGACCGAGCAUUCGGAAGAAUCUGCUGUGAGCUGUGAAGAUAAGUGAUAAGUCAGGUCAAGGAAAAAGACUGAAUGAUUGAGACAUUUUGAGAUUGGACCGGGAUAGUCUUGCCUUCCUGAGUAAAUUUACAAGCCUAUACAUGGAGGGUGAUAUACUGCAGUGCAAGGAGAAUGACCCCUUUCUCUCAUAUGCACAAAAUAUCUAGUGCUUAUUGCUUCCUCGCUUCUCUUCUGUUUUAUACACUGAAAAAAGGUCUCUUGCUAAAAACUAGCUCUUCGCUGUAUGCUGGAAAGAUGCUGAAGGGAGUGUAUCUUUUUAUUACUACGUUGAUACCAAAAAAAGGUGUUUUAUAUUUUAUUAAAUUUGGUAAAUUUUGAGGGAGAGAAACAAUUCAUUUUUUGUGUAGCUGUUAGUCAAACUCAAAUCCUGAAAUAUCACUGUAAUGAAAGCCUGUGCCAGUUUGACAGAUGCAGAAAUGUGGAGUGACAUUGUAUUUCUUUUCUUUUCUUUUCUUUUCUUAAAGAGAUUCCUUGAACUGGAAAUGAUUUCACUGUAGCCCUGAAAUGGUUUCACUUGUAGUCCUUAUUAUUUGGUGUGGUCUUUCAGUGGAACAUUACCCAGAAUAAGUCAAGCACAAACUGGGCUUUUAAACAUACCAUUCAGUUAACUGCUCAAAAAUAGAAGCAAUCUCUAAUGAUAAGUGGUAUUCCUUACUAAUGUUAAAUGGCUUGGAGCAGUGGGCACACAAUCAGUGCACCAGCGUAUAGCUAUUUCUUAUUUUCCAAGGGGCAACUUUACCCCAGAGUGGCAUGACUUACCCUGGUAGACUGACAUAUCAUGUGACUGCUUCUCUAGCACACCAGAGUAAUUGUGCCAUGUGUAGUAAGGAAGUGAGAGCUGGGGGAAACUCCCACUUCUGUUUGCCUGAAGGAAUAAUGACCAAAAAGAAUAUCGCUAAAAACGGUGGCUGCCCACUGUUCAAGGCCAAGUGGAAACAUAAUUGGACCUACCAUAUAAUAGGCCAUAGGCUUUUGCAUGGUAGUUCCUGCAGUGGGGAAAAUUGUUCUCCUCACCAUGUCUGUCAACGCUCUUGGGCCCUGGAAGUUGGGGCUGCCCCAUAUCUGUUGUGUAGAGACACUGCACUUUGAAUUUAAAGCCCCCCAGAUGCUGGUAAUGGAACCUGCCAUUUCCGCAGGUGAACGGUCCUAGCUGUUAAUUGAAGAAACCCAUCCAGGAUUUUACAAAGAGUAGGGGUACAGCGAGUGGAGCUGCAGGUGUGGCUGCACCCCUCUCUCUCCCCCUGCCUCCUCCCUGCUCUUGCACCGUGGGAGCAGCAGCUGGGGACUUAAGUCCCGAGGAAAGUAAGAAUCCCCCCCCUGCUUUCCCCUCCAUGCUUGGAGGCAUGUCUGCUCUCCUCCUUUCCACGCCCUUCCUCUACCCCACCUGCUGCUGCCAGCAUCCGCACUGUCCCAGGGCAAGGGGAGUUCCUGCCCCAUUCCAGCUGGGCUAUGCUUAUUCAGGAUGAUGGCAGCUGUGGCUGCUGUUCCUGCUCCUGCUCCCAGGUCGGUGGAGAACGCCUGGGGGGAGCAGGCAAGGAAGGGGAAUGCACCCAUCUGCUGCUGCCCCAGCCCCAAGCUGAGCCCAGCACUCACACGGCUCAGCUUCUGCUUCUCUCGCUCCGGGGACAGCGGCAGCAGCAGGCUGUGGAGCAGAUGGAGAUGGAAAGGUAUAUGUCUUUAAGCAUGGAAGAGAAGGGGGUGGGGGUAAUUCUUACCUACUUUGGGACUUAAGUCCCUGGCUGCUGCUCUUGCGGCAUGGUCAGAAAGUGAGGUGCAGCUGUGCCACUACACCCCCUCUGGCUCUGCCCUAGGUUAAUGGUUUUCAGCGCUGAAAAAAAUGUUUCAUGUUCCUAAUUUGAAAAACACUGAAUCUACUCAUACCGUUGUCCCUUAAACUACAGCAGCCAAUAGCAAAGGUCUUCUCCUUUUUAUGGUACUUGUAGAACGUAACCGAGUUGCCUCUGAAUUUUCAGUCUUCUAAGUGAAAUCAGACUAAAUAAAGAUUAAGUUUCUCACUGUG